GAAGUCGCCAUCAUGGUCACUCCGAAGCAGCCGGGCCGUCAGUUCUCCUUGGGCGCCUCGGCGCACCGCAGGAGACAGAUGAGCACCAUGCAUGACCAGGGCAAUCAUUUCGGUCCAGCUCUGACUACUCUCUACUGCGGAAUCUCAGCCGUCUUCGCCGACUCCCACACAGCUGUCGUGGCCCUUGCAAUCCACGACACGGUCUACCUGAUUGACUUCACAGUCAAGCACAUCAACCUCGACGAUGCCACCCAGACGGGCAACGACGCCAUUGCUGACUACAUCAUCAGUACGCUCGAAGACUACGAGCAUGCAAACUUCUCCAAGUUCAUUGGUGCUGGUUUGCCCAUGACCCUCAAGUACAUGAGCCAGUCCUUGUGCUCGCGUCUUUGGCUCGACCUCGACAUCGUCCCCGUUGUCUUGCGCCCCGACGACGAGCACAAGGAGAAGAGCUUCUGGGACAUCAAGCGAGUGGACGAGCAAGCCGAUUCUAUGGCUCGCAAGUGCAUCAUGAACUUUGGUCCGUCCCUUGUUCCGCUCCUCCAGGUCGGCUGGAGAGGUGUUGUUCAGACGGACGCUGGCUUCCGUGUGCAGCUUAACACGGUCCAGAACCACAAGGACACUUGCGGCACCCCGACCUGGGAUGCCACCAUGUUCUUUGCCAAGAAGCUUCGCGAGAACAAGAUCAAGGUCGCCUUCUUCAGCAGUACUCCCCAGGGAGGUGGUGUCGCCUUGAUGCGACACGCCCUCGUCCGCUUUGCCCGUCUUAUUGGCGUUGACCUGACUUGGUAUGUGCCCAAGCCAAGACCCGGUGUAUUCAGGAUCACCAAAAACAUCCACAACAUCCUCCAAGGUGUCAGCCACCCUGACCAGCGCAUCUCGGCCGAAGAGAAGCAGUCCAUCAUUGAUUGGAUCACGGAUAAUGCCAACCGCUACUGGCUUUCCGAAGGAGGCCCUCUGCGACCCCCCGAAGAGGGUGGCGCCGAUGUGGUCAUGAUUGACGACCCUCAAAUGCCCGGUUUGAUUCCCCUGAUAAAAAAGAUUACGCCUGACCGGCCUGUUCUCUACCGAUCCCACAUCCAGAUCCGCAGCGACUUGACUGCCAAGGCUGGCUCGCCCCAGGAGGACAUCUGGAACUUCUUGUGGAGCAACAUUCAACAUGCCGACAUGUUCAUCAGCCACCCCAUCCCCAUCUUUGUGCCUCACACGGUGCCCAAGGAAAAGGUGGUGUACUUCCCUGCCACGACUGACUGGCUGGAUGGCCUGAACAAGCCCCUGAACAGAUGGGACACGGGCUACUACGGCCACAUCUACAACACUGCCUGUCGCAACCAGGGAAUGACGGAGCUCGAGUGGCCCGCCCGCAAGUACAUCAUCCAGGUGGCUCGGUUUGAUCCCUCCAAGGGCAUCCCAACCGUCAUUGACUCUUAUGCCGAGUUCCGUCGUCUGCUGGAAGAGAAGGGCGAGACGGACAUCCCGCAGCUUGUCGUUUGCGGCAACGGGUCGGUUGACGAUCCCGAUGCUAGCAUGAUUUACGACCAGACUAUGAACCAGCUCGAGAAGCACUACCCUCACCUGGUCAAGGAUUGCAGCAUAAUGCGUCUGGAUCCCAAUGACCAGCUCCUCAACACGGUCAUUGCCAACGCUCACGUCGUCCUCCAGCUCUCGACGCGCGAAGGGUUCGAGGUCAAGGUCUCUGAGGCUUUGCACGCCGGCCGGCCCGUCAUUGCUACACGAGCAGGUGGUAUCCCGCUCCAGGUCAAGGACAACGUCAACGGCUUCUUGGUGGAGCCCGGUGACUUCAAGGCCGUGGCCGGUCAUCUCUUGGAUCUCUUCACAGACAGUGAGCUGCACAAGAAGAUGAGUUACGCUGCCGCCACGGGCGUGAGUGACGAGGUGGGCACGGUUGGGAACGCACUGGGCUGGUUCUAUCUCGCCGCGAAGUGGGCCGAGGUUGGUGUCAAGCCUGGUCUGCGCGGCGACGAACGAUGGGUCAACGACAUGGCGCGAGAGGAGGCCGGCAAGCCCUACACGGAGGGCGAGAACCGUCUGCCGCGUCACUUUACUCAGAAAAAGGACGUUGCUAUUGUGUCGGGAAAGACGAAUGGCAACGGCGAGACGGGUGAGAAGGGCGGCGAAAAGGCGCAGUAGUGUGAUGUAGCAGCGGGUUGUCGAUUUGGCGCAUGACGAUGGUAUGAGUUAUGAUUGGACUCGGGACAGUUGGGAUUGAGUUUUUUUUUUUUUUUUU